AUGAGACACCUUUUCGGAACAUGGAAAGGAGUGUUUUCUCCGGCUUCACUGCAAAUGAUUGAGAAGGAACUUGGUUUUCAAUCAUCUACUAAUGGGUCAUCAGGUGCUGCACCAUCGAAGGCCGAUUCUCCAUCCCAGCGCCCAUCCCACAGCAUACAUGGGAUUCUGGGAGCCGGUGCCAAGACACCUAUAAUUUCUGAUGCUGAUGAUGUUAUCGAAAGGGGUAAUAGGAUUGGAAUUGAUAAAGGCACAGGGAGACGACUGGAUACUCUGAACUCUAGGCCUCGUGCUCAGAAGGAUACUUUUAGUAACCCCAUUCAUGAAAAGCCAGACAGAGAUGUGAGGGGCCCUGGAAUUGCGGGAGCUGGUCAAGUUCGCUCAAAGCCCAAAGGCCAAGAUGGAAUUGUGGGUUCAUAUUACACUGGAGGUGUUGGUUCCCCUGAAGAAAUAUUUGACAGACGCAACCAUUUUAAUUCUGAUAGGAUUGGUAGAUUGUCAUCAUCUGAUAAAAGCUGGAAGAACUCUGAGGAAGAAGAGUACAUCUGGGACGACAUACGUUCUCAAGGAGCAGAUUAUGGAGGUGCCAGUUCUGCAAGAAAAGGAGAACCCUUGGCUGAUGAUGUCAAUAUUAGAAGCUUCCAUAGGGCUAAUUGGGCAGAGCCUGCAGACCCGUUGGACCCUGACUUCCACAAACAAGAUACCAUCCCAAGAUUUGGACAUCCAACAAGCCAAGACAGAAGACUUGCACCGUACAUGGAUCAUGCAGAGUAUCUUCAUAGUAAGCGUGAGGGGGACCCAAGAAUUGAUAGGGAAAUGUGGCCUGAAGGACAACCGUUCCCGGAAUCUCGUGGCUCCUCUGUAUGGUUAUCCCAGGAAAAACCUCGUCCAGACAUUGGGCGGGAUCCCAGGAUUUCAAGGUUUUCUAAUCAAUCACCAAGCAUCACUUCAUCUGUACCUGUUGGAUUAUCAGCGCCCUAUGCUGGACGAUCAAGCCUUGAAAGUGCAAAACAAAAAUAUUGGCCACCUUCCUCGCCACCUCUCCAGGCACGUGAGAGCUCCCCAAGUUCCUCGGAGCAUGACAUUUAUGCUUCCAGGCCAUUUCUGCCAUUGGGUCAAAAUCCCCAGGAAGAGCAUAACCAAAGAGCUCAUACCUUGCCUCAAAAUUCUGCGAAUUCUCAGGGUCGGCCUAGUCUGCAAGCAGCUCUGUCACAGGCUUCUCAGCAGACUCAAAAGCACCCUGCUGUGCAGUCAAAGCCACAUCCGAAGCCAUUUCAUCAACCCUUUUCACAAGAAAAUUCCUCAUCGCUAUUUAGACCGUCUGUCCAUCUGCCUCUGUCUACCGGAAUGGAAGAGCAGUCUGAAGAGGUGUCCUUGCCCAGUGGUUCCGCACAUGCAAAGUCAGAUCAGAUAAGUGCUAGUAAUUUGUUGGCCGGUCUUUUUAAGGGUGGAUUCAUACCAAACACAAGUGAUCACGCUGUCCCACAUUCACAUGGGUUGGCAUCUCUUCCAUCUUCCUCCGCCAGCGAAAAUGCCCCUUCGAAGCCUCAUGCACCAAACUCUCUCCGCCCACCUUUGCCGCCAGGUCCGCCACCAACACAGAGUGCUGAGAAAGCUGCUGCACCACUGUCAAGUCUUCUCAGUUCUCUGGUUGCAAAGGGCCUAAUUUCUUCACCGUCCACCGAUUCGUCUGCUGUUGCAAGAAAGCCCAGUAAAUCAAGUCUGAGCACAUCAGAUGUCAGUGCUUCAGCUCCACCUCCACCAAUCGUCCAGCCUUCAGUUGCUAAGGAGACACCUGCCCCUAUAAAAGCUUUGUUGCCCAAACCUCCUGUAGUCGAGAUGGCUGACCUAAUCGGCCUCGAGUUCAAGCCAGUGGUGCUUCGCGAGCACCGUACAGAGGUGGUCAACAGACUCUUUGAUGACCAAAGCCAUCAAUGCAGAAGAUGUGGUUUAAGAUUCAGACUUGAAGAUGAGCUCAGUGCACACACUGCCUGCAAUGGACCAGAGGAGGCUAGAAAUACUGGCAUCGCACCUGAAAGAUGGUACCCUAGCAAGAGCCGCUGGAUUGACAGAUUACCUGAACCGCAGAGCAUCUUCCUGGACUCUGCAUCUGAUUCAGACCUGGGAACCGCAGAGGAAGCUUGUGAGUUUAUGGUCCCUGCAGAUGAGAGCCAGAUUAUCUGCUGUCUUUGUGGGGAGCAGUUUGAUGACAUGUAUUCCAUCGAUAGGAGCGAGUGGAUGUACAAGGAUGCUGUGUAUUAUGAUCGCUCAAAGGCAGAAGGUGGCAGCUCCCAAAGUAAAGAGCUCGCACCCAUAGUCCAUGCAAGAUGUAUGCCAGGAAUCUCAAACGAUGGCAUGCAGGUGGAUUAG